UGUUCCAAUAAUAGAAAGCAAUGGCUGUAGAGUCUACUAGCGUCUAUUAGCGUAGGAACUAUUUCACAGUCCGAUGAAAAUCACUCUAUUGAUCAAACCUUUUUAUAUUUUUAAAAGUUUUUACCAUAUUUGUAAGUAUUCGUCGCGCCUCGCUCAUUCUGCUCGUUUCGUGAUUUUUUUUCUAUAUAAUGAUUACCAUAUUUAUUGAAGGGGAUCAAAUAUUUAAUGCCAAGUCRAAGAUACGUAACGCAAAACCGUGACUUUGAGCAUCAAAAACAAAGCAGAGUACGUGUCUCACUGAGACAAAUACGSAUUCAAAAUGGRGAUUUCUAUGGCAGCAGUGUUCACAAACCUUCAGACCGCUUUCAAGAAUCAAAGUGGCACCGUUAGAAAUGUUGUAAUGGUUUUGCUCGUAUUCGGAAUGCAAGCGAUCGUUUCUAGUGAAAAUUUAUUCAAGUGCCCUGCUAAAAARUAUGGUCCUUAUGGAUGGAUGUUUAUUUUCGCACCUGGUAUUUGUCUCUUUUUUGUUUCGCUUUUUCURAACGAUGGGUUUUGGAAAAUUGCUCAAGGCUGCUGUCAUUAUGGUUCGUUUCCUGGAUUAGGAAUCAAACGACGAAUMUGCCCAUGUUUCUACCCAAGAUGGGGCUGUAGCAAGAAGCUGUUGGAAGUCAUAUUCUACAGUUCUGUUGCGAGCUGUUUGUGGAUUGUGUGGGCAUUUCUCAACGGCGAGUACUACGCCUGUGCAAUGCUUGGUAAUAAAAGCGCAYGAUUAGUGAAUAAAACAGCACAACAACAAAAAGUCGUCUUGGAAAAGUUUACAAGUGCGAGKGACACUUCUCAGAUAAUUGCAUUCUCACUUCUCGCGUUAAUGUUAGGAAUACCGUUCAUUAUUUUGACCGCUUAUCGAUGCUGCUGUUUACUACCUCAAUCCMCUAUCCCUAGUCCGUAUUCUUACUUGAAARURGAAGCUAAAGCUGCAGUCGACGCUUUUAAAGCYAAAAUGGAAGGCCUAGCCAAAGAACAAGGAAAGCGAAGAGCAGAUUUAUACUUCGCUGAGCAAAUGAAAAGCGACAUGACGCCGUCAAACAUUCUCAUACAAGCGUAUCAAGACUUGACCAAAAUUGAUGAAUACGCUCAAACUUUUCAAAACAUUGAAGAGUAUAAGAAAAUGGAAGCGACUGCAGCCCAGGCAGCCUUCAAAGCUAAAGCGGAAAGCGUUGGAAAAGACCAAGUUGCUUUAACUUUCCAAGAUAACACAUMMSAUGAAUAUGAAAAGAAAAAUCCAUUCACGUUGAUUGAGAAUGUUUUUGACUCUAUUGCUGACCGCUAUCCUCGCUCAACGGGUGAUCGUAGUCAACCGUACGUCAAYAUGGACGAAGAAGAAAACAAACGUCAGAUUGAUCACGAUGCAUUUGCUAUGACUUAGGUCUAUAGCAUAAAUGAACUCUGAGUCCAGACUUUUACAAUGCAUGUUUUUUAGUUCAAUUAAUGCGCUCUCACCCUCGGCACAAUAUUAUGCUGGGUAAUUGUAACAGUGGCGGAUCCAGGAGGGUUCCAUGGGUUCCUAGGAACCCCCUCAAGCAUAAAAACAAUAAAAAAUAAAAMAAAUGAUAGGUCUAAAAAACGCAUCGUACAAUGAAUUUUUAUUAAAUACAUUCACGCUACAUACAGUUCGAGAGGCACAGUAAAAAYGUUCGUUUUAGGGAAAUGCGAAAACAAAAUGGAACCCCCCUUUGGCACGAAGGAGUAGACACAUCGAUGGAGUGGAAUAGUCAUAGAACAUAAUGGACGAAAAGCGAAAGAAAAACGUGCACAAUAAAGAAGUUAAUUGGUCUGGUGGAUGUCGAAUGUGAAAAGUAAAACGAAAACACUUAAAUAAAAUCACGCGCUCUUGGUG